AAAUCCCUACUAUAAAUUAUCCUUUCUCCUUAUAAUCACAUUCCUUCGGAUUAGGGUUUUAGUUUUGCAGUCAUCUUCUCACAUUUCAGCCCCCUUUCCCCCAAAAACUCAAAAACACUCAAAAAUGGUGAAAGGUCGUCAAGGAGAACGCGUCAGGCUCUACGUCAGAGGUUCGAUCCUUGGGUACAAGAGGUCGAAAUCGAACCAGUACCCAAACACAUCUUUGGUUCAGAUCGAAGGAGUUAACACACAAGAAGAAGUUGCAUGGUAUUUGGGAAAGAAAUUGGCUUACAUUUACAAGGCUGAAACUAAGAAGAAUGGGUCCCACUAUCGCUGCAUUUGGGGAAAGGUUUGUAGACCUCAUGGUAACAGUGGUGUUGUUCGUGCUAAGUUCACUUCCAAUCUCCCCCCUAAAUCCAUGGGUGACAAGAUUAGGGUUUUCAUGUACCCCAGCAACAUCUAAGAAGCUAGACAUUGAAGUGAAAGAUCAUUCGAGGAGUGCUAUUCAUUGGAGUAGCAAGAAGAGCACUUUUUCUUUUUACCCUUGUAGCUUCUUGUGUUAAGAUAGUAUUGUGUUUUGCUACCAUUUUUGCAUUAGGAUGUUAAAAGAUGAUUUUCUACCUGGUUCUGAAACCUGAAGUUUUGGAUCUAAUUUUUAUAUCUCAAGAGUAUACUUCUCGUUUUGUCUAA